CGGGUGUGUGUUCAAUUUACUAACAACCGUCGUCUAUCAGAUUAUCAGAAUUCAGAACUCAGUAGUCAGUUGUACAGGUGGUUCUGUGUUAGGUGGAUGUCACUCGCCAAGUGUUAAUUUGACCAAAAUACUACAUCGCUUUUUAUCAUGUGAAUUUGAAAUUUUGAAAUCGUCAUUCUGAAAAUUAAAGAGAAUAAUUUUGAUUAAUUUGAUUAUUGAUACGAUAUCGACAACUUGGAGGUAGUAGUUGAUAACAAGUUAAAAAUACAAAAUAUUAGUAUAUGAUCUAAGGUUUAACGUAACAUUGUAAGGAAACGAUUUUAUGCUAAUUGCUAGUAUACGUUGUCGCGUAGGCCAUAGCCAAGGUAGUAUUUAAUUUAAAUUGCUGUACUCAUUUAUGGCCUGUCUGCAAGUCUGGUAGUACUUACCGCAAUACCGUUGGAACAUCUUUUAAGUUCCAAAUAUUUCUAUAAGCAAUUAUCAAUACAAUAUUUAAUCUUAUAUGUUUGUAUUUCAUGUAAUCUGUUAUUGUUGCAUCUACCAUAGAAAGGUACCAGCCUUAGUGAAUACAUAGGAGCAAUAUGGGUGAUUUAGAAGUGUUGACUCCAUUGAUAAAUAGCCAAGAUUCACUGUGCAGCCAGGAUCAAAUAUCUAAUCCAGAGACUACAAAUGCAUGGGGUCGUUUAUAUCCAGAGAAUGAAUGUUUAAAAAUCGAAGAUCUAGUGAAAGAUAAUUAUAAUGCUGGUCGUCAAACUAAUGAUGUUGACUUUCAAUUUACAAAACAAUGUUUUAGUUUAAAAGUAAUGAAUCAUAUAAGCAAGAUUCAUUUUACUAUAAAUCGUGAAAAGAUUGGGACAUUAGAUCAUGUAGUAUUUAUUACAGACACAAGUGCAAACGGUACUUUUUUAAAUGGUGAAAAAAUAGGAAAAGACAAUCGUUGGAUUUUAUCAAAUAAUGACAAAAUAUCCAUUGUUUCUAAAACUAAUUAUGUAUAUACAUUUACCGAUAAACGUUCAGAUUAUUUAAAUUGUCCACAAAAGGUUAGAGAACAAUUUGCUGUUUAUGGUGUAUUGGGCAGAGGAACUUUUGGUGAAGUCAGAUUAGCUUUUGAAAAAAAAACUUCAAAAUGCUUUGCAUUGAAAAAAGUGAAUAGAGAGAGUUGUAUUGUACUAAGAGAACCUGAUAUUUUAUCAAGCUUAUCUCAUCCAAAUAUUGUUAAUAUGGAAAAUUUUAUUGAUACUACUGAUGCGAUUUAUAUUACUUUGGAAUAUAUGCCUGGAGGAACGUUAAAGCAACUUAUAGAAAAUACAAAACGAUUAAAAGAAUCUGAAUCCAAAAUAAUUUUGUAUCAAGUUGCUCGAGCUGUUCAAUACUUACAUAAUAGGUCAAUUGCUCAUAGAGACCUUAAACCGGGAAACAUUUUACUUUCCUAUAAGUCUCCUCUAAGCGUUGUAAAAUUGGCUGAUUUUGGUCUAUCUAAAAAAAUAACUGAAAACACACAUUUGAAAACAUUUUGUGGUUCAUUAGCAUAUCUUGCUCCAGAAGUAUUUUCAAAUAGAAAACUUGUAACUCAAUCGUGUAUUAAUUAUACCAAUAAAGUAGAUUCAUGGAGUUUUGGUGUUAUUUUAUAUGAAUGUUUAAGUGGUCACAAACCUUUUGUUGGUGAUCAUAUUGAAGAAAAGAUAAUUAAAGGAGUGUAUAAUUUAUCUAAACUUAAAUUGUUUAACACUUCAAAUGUCGCACAAGACAUUAUCAAGCAGUUAUUAACAAUUGAUUACAAUAUUAGGUUUGAUUUUGACAAAAUAUUGAAACACACUUGGUUUGAAAAAGACUUGCUUAUGAAGGAAAAAGUUGGUAAUCUCAUGGCUGAAUUUUCUAAUAGCUUAAUGCCAAGUCACAAAUAUUCAUCUAACAAAGAAAAUGUUGCAAAAAAAAUUAAGUUUUGUUCUUGUCUUGCUCAAGAUACUUGUUCCGAAUCUAUACGUACCUGAUUAUAUUUAAGUAUGUAUUUAUAACUUAUAAAAGAACUACAUUUUUUUUUUAUUACAAUGAAUUAUUAUUAUAUUAAUGUUGUUAAGUUUAUUUUAAAUUGUAAUAUAUUUUUUUUUUUUUUUGUUAUUGAGACUACAUGCUGUGUUGAAAUCGAAAUCCUUACUAUUUAUCAUGUUUAUUGUAUUCAAUAUUAAAAUGCAGACAUAAUCUUCAAUUUCUUGUUUAAAUAUUUUUUUAUUCUUAAAAUUAAAUAUACUUAUGAAACACCAAAAUUAUCAAUGUUUAAUAUACAUUUUUCAUUUAAGGGUGCAUAUGCACUUUUAGUUAUGUUUA